AUGCCAUUGAGCUGCACGGCACGGGCACUCAAAUUCUCAUUAUUCAUAUUCAAUUUGGUGUUUCUGGUGGGUGAGGUUGUCGGCGCGGACGUUUUGAUGCGGCGGACAAUUGUUGGGGGUCCACGCGAGAUUUUGAUAAAUCGGUGUGCAUUGUUGGCCGACAAUCGAAUGGCACGGACAAGUGCCUAAUGGCACGCCAACUGUCUUCACAAAAUUAAUUAUAUGCAAUGAGAACCAUCAAGACUGUUUGUUCAGAAGUAUGCAAAAACUUUGAAAAGGCCCGUUGCAAGUCAGCAAAAUUGACACUGAAUAACUUCAGCUCUGCGGUCUCAUAUGUCUCGGCAUCGGUUUAUGGCUGGUUCUUGACAAAUACGCCAUCGACAACUUGGCAUUUGCCACGGCCAAGGUUCAGGGAUACGAUCAGGACGCCGGAUUAAGAGAUUUGGUGAGUUGUUUUUUGGUAAUUUAUCUAUUAACGAACGAUUUUAGGCCACAAAACCAACUGCCGUUCGUCAAUUUGGUUACCUUCUGUUCAUCGGUGGACUCAUUGUCAUUGUCGUUGCCUUUUUAGGAUGUUGUGGAGCUGCGAAGGAAUGGAGACCACUUUUGUGUUGUGUAAGUUUCUAAAAGAAACCUGUCUCAAGUGGAAUGCGAAUUUUUUAGUACGCAUCAUGUCUAAUGCUCAUCCUCGCCAUUCAAAUCGCCGCAACAAUCUAUGCGUUCCUUCACAGUCACAUGGUAAGUUGGCUCGGAACUCUCCUUCUUCCUGUUUUGAUGCCAUCUGUGUUUUUUUCCAGUUUGAGAACGACUUCCGAGACAUUCUUCACUCCUCAUUGAAGAUGUACAAUGGAACGGAUAACAUGAAAGCAAGCACCAACAAUCACGACGGGUUGCUGGUGAAAACUGCGUGGGACAAGAUCAUGAUUGAGGUAUGGUUAGGGACCACAACGCGUUUCUUCAAACUUUCUUUUGUAGUACACUCUCUUUUGAAUACGCGUAGCAAUUUUCAUACAAAAAUAAUCACCAGAAAAUGGGCGUGGUUGAAAAACAAUCAUAAUUGCAGAAAUCGUGCUGUGGAGUCGAUUCAAAAAUCGGAGAGUUCAACAAAUCGGGAUGGUACCAUCUGAACAAGGGCCGUUACCAGUUCCCGCCCGCAUGUUGCCCAUCCGACGAACACGGCAGACUGAGGCCAUACUGUAACACAAUUAUGCGACAUUCCCACGUGAGUAUGCCCGGAAAUGUGUGCACGCUGUGCCUGUCGCGACUAUACGAAUGUUUCUCGGUGGAUUUGAUUCAGACAAUAACAUGUUGACGGUUAUCGCUUGAGUCCCUGUAGUAUUGGAAAUGUCUGUUCUCACUUUCAGCUUCAAUUUUUGUCUUGAAACAAACACAUAGUUUUUCGUGUGCUCAACCAACUUUUAUCUCAGGGCUGCUACUCAAAAAUCGCCGAAUCUUUCCAAGAAGUCACAUCUCAUUUCAAAAUAGUCUCGUGGACUGUCGUUUUGUUCGCAUUGAUUCAAGUAUGCCUGUGGCAUCCAAUUGUUAUGAACGCUUCCGCAUGUUUCAGGUGGUUGGUAUUGUGGUUGGCUUCUGGCUGUGCGACUCUAUCACUUCGGACGACGAGUUCUGAUCUCUCAUCUGAUGAGUAUCGUUGCACCGUAAUCCUAGACACCCCCAGGGGUUGUUUUAUCAUUUUUCUGUUUUUCAGGGCUGCAUAACACCUCUCUAUCGCGAAAAUCAGAUUCAUUUCUCCGCCAUAUUCUCCAUUCUUGUCGUGCUGACAGUAUUCGAUGUAAGGAUCAUGGAUAUGGUUCCAAAAAUGGUUUAAUCUUCAAUUUCAGAUAGUUCUUCUCAUCGUCAGUGUUCAGUUAUUCCGUCGCAUUCAAAUUGAGAUGCUCUACUACUUUUAG